UUUACCUGAGUUCAGUUACAGGUUGUAAUAGGCACUUCCUGUUUCCUAUAAGAGCAGCACAUGCAAAGUCAGCACGACAGACGGCAAUAAGAGAACAAUUAAGAAGAAUUUUUGUGUUUUAGUUCACCGGUUGGUUCAUUAGCAGGCCAAAGUGUUCUACGGAUGUUGAUGCGGUGUAAAGUUUAAAGAAAGGAACACCACAUUAAACAGCAGUACAAGGAACUCGAACGCCUCUCGUCUGUGUGAAAAAAUGACCAAGCCGGCACAGUAGAACACUUCACUGCCCCGGAGAAGGCAAAGCACUGUCGGGACUGAAGCAAGCUGCAAGCAAGAAGCUGCAAAUACAAGGGAAGGAUCACAUGCUCAAACGAAGCACUGCAAAAUCUAAGGUAAAGUGAUCAAGUGAGAGUUAGACAAACAAGAACCAAAGUGCAUUUUUUGGAGCAGCACAAAACUAGACAGCUGCAUGUGAAAGCUAAAGAUAGAGAGCUGAGGCAUCAAAAAGUGAAUGCAUAUCAAGCUUAAGACAACUACAAGCUACAAUUUACACUCAAAAUGGCAGAUGAGGAGAAGGAUACAGAAGGGCGCACUAAGGAAGACGGUGCAGAAUGUAAAACACAAGAUGAUGAUAAUGAGCAGUCAGAUGGAGAAGAAACUCUGCAAACAUCAGUAUCAGCUGAAAGUAAACAAACAGCAGUUCGCAAAAGUCAGCGCAAACGCACACUAACUGAAAAGGGAAAAUCUCUGCAAGAAGCUCACCUGACUGAUUUAACAAAAGAAUUUGAGUGUCUAUACAAAAAGUGGAAAUAUCACAUAAACUGUUUCAGGAGAUUUAUGAGAGGUAAAGACAUAGAAAUAAUCGCUGAAGCUGUGGACACAAUAGACACGUUUCAGAAAGACAUCUGCAAUAUCUAUGAUUCAAUAAGACAAAUUAGAAGUCCAGACAUUGAAAUAAGAAGAAAAUGUGACAUGUGCCAUACGAUCAGUCACACAGCCAAAGCUAAAGCACAGUGUUUACUCGAACAAGAUGGCAAUCCAGAAGAUAUUCCUUGGCCAGAUUCUGAAUCAGUGUUUCACAGUAGUUCAAGUAGUACUUCUUCAAGCAUGUCUUACAAAUCAAAGGUCAUGUCUGAUAUGUCCAAGCGGUCAUCUUCUGACACAGUACAAAGACAACUAGCAGCAGCUGAAGUAGCCGCCUCAGAAGAAGUCAUCAAAAUAAUGAAAACCCAACAUCAACGUGAAGAAGAAAUCAGAGAACUAGAAGUUGAAGAUGCGAAAAAACGAGCACAGUUUCUAACAGAAAGUGCAACAAUAAAAAAUAGGUUGGAGGAGAAAAGAAAAGAAGUGGAACUAUUAAAAGAGAUGCAAAAGCAUAACGCAGCACAAGCAAGGUUAAGAGUUUACGCUGAAAGUAUUAAAGAUGAGGAUGAAGAAAAGCCUCUUAUGCACACACAUGUAAAAGAGGACAGUUCUCUCCUACUACCAAGUUUCCUUAAUGUGCAUUCACGACCUUUCAUCCCAUCUAAACCCAUGAUUCCUUCAAGCUGCCAUGCUCCUCCUCAAGCAUCUGUAACACAAAUUGCAGCUUCUUCUUCUGAACAAGUGGCUUCCAUCGAACUUGUAAAGACACUCGCUGAAGCUAUCACGGCUAACAGAAUUCCAAUUCCUGAACCAGCAGUGUUUACAGGCGAUCCGCUGCAGUAUAAUGAUUGGAAGCUGUCCUUUCAAACAUUAGUGGACCGUAAAAACCUGCCCAUACAUGAAAAGCUCUUUUUCUUAAGAAAGUAUGUUGGAGGUUCAGCAAAAAAGGCUAUUGAAGGUCACUUUUUAGUUGGAACAGACACAGCAUAUCUUGCAGCCUGGGACACACUUGAAGAUCGAUUUGGAAAUCCCUUUGUAAUAGGCAAGGCAUAUCGAGACAAGAUUCAAAUGUGGCCAAAAAUAACUAAAGACAGCAAAGAUCUACGUGAGUUUGCAGACUUUUUGAGCAGUGUCGAGUCCGCAAUUCCGUACGUACAAGGCUUACAAGUGCUGAAUGACUGUGUUGAAAACAUGAGAAUCGCAGCAAAAUUACCAGAUUGGCUGAGUGCACGUUGGAAUAGAACAGUGACAAAAUUCCUGGACGAACAUAAAGUGUUCCCUGAUUUCAGUUAUUUUGUCAAGUUUCUGAACAAAGAAGCAAGACUCGCAUGCAAUCCUAUAACCUCACUGCAAGCACUAAAGCCAUCUGACAUAGAACAACACCACUUCCUUAGAGACAAGCCAAAAAGAAGUCACGCUUUGAAUACUAAAACUCUGAGUACAAGUACCAGUGAAAAGCCAAAUAAGACGUGUCUUUUCUGUAAGAAACCAGGUCAUUCACUCCACAAAUGUCGGAAAUUAAUGGAAAACCCAGUCGAAGAGAGAAUCAAGUUUGUGCAGUCUGAGAAGUUGUGUUUUGGCUGUCUCAAGUCAGGCCAUAACUCCAAAAGCUGUUAUUCCAGAAGCGUGUGUGAUAAAUGCCAAAAGCCACACCCAACAUGUUUACACCAAGAAAGAGAGAAAAGAGACAAAGAACAAAAUCCAAAGACAAAUCAAGAAGCUCUAAAGACUAAUCAAGUGAAAGAAAAUGUGCCUAAUCCACGGGAACAAGAAACCAAGCAAGAGUCUAAGGAAGUCACAUCGAACAGAGUGGUGCAACAACAGUUACAAGGUUGCACUUCCUCAGUCAUUCCAGUUUAUAUCUCUACCAAAGACAACCCACAAGAGGAGAAGUUGGUGUAUGCAUUGCUUGACACUCAAAGCGAUACAACCUUCAUUCUAAAGGACACAGCAGAGUCACUCAAUACAACAUCAGAGCCAGUCAAGCUCAAGAUCUCCACAAUAACAUCUAAAACUAAGGUUGUGUCCAGUCACAAGCUGAAUGACCUACAAGUACGAGGCAUGAACUCAGAAUUGAGAGUCAAGUUACCAACGACCUACACCAGAGACUAUAUUCCUGCCAACAGAUCUCAUAUUCCCACAAACAAGACAGCAGAGAAUUGGCCCCAUCUAAAGCAUUUGUCAAAGGAAAUGGCUCCCAAGCUUGAUUGUGAAGUUGGCUUGCUCAUAGGAUAUAAUUGUCCUCAAGCGUUACUUCCCAUAGAAGUAAUCAGCGGGGAGAGAGACCAGCCUUUCGCACAAAAGUCUCUGCUUGGUUGGAGCAUUAUUGGUUACAGCUGUUCUGCAAGCGACUAUGAAGAUGAGAUCGGAGUCAGUCAUCGUGUUAUUGUAAAACAAGUCUUACCAGUAAUUGAGUCAUCUCCAGAAAUUAAAACUCAAGUCCACUUUGUAAAGAGAAGCAAAGUAAGGGAAAUGAUUGUUCCAGCUGAGAUAAUCCAAGCAUUGGAAAAGGACUUUGUUGAAAACAUGGCUGAAGAAGAAUCAAUGUCACAAGAAGACAUGAUGUUCUUGGCUAAAGUAAAGGAAGGCAUAAGGCAAAAGGCAGACGGUCAUUUUGAAAUGCUGUUACCCUUUAAAGAAGAAAGACCUGACCUACCCAACAACAAGGCUUGUGCAGAACACAGACUGAAGUGCUUAGAAAGACGUUUGAGAAAGGAUCAACAUUAUUACAACGACUAUGUGGCGUUUAUGCAAGACAUAAUAGUCAGAGGAGAUGCUGAGAAAGUUCCGGAAGAUGAAAUAAACAACCUACCAGCUUGGUAUAUCCCUCACCAUGGCAUCUAUCAUCCCCAGAAGCCGAAUAAGAUCAGAGUUGUUUUUGACGCAUCAGCCAAGUACCAAAACACAUCACUGAACGAGCAGCUCUUGACAGGACCAGAUCUAACUAACACUUUAGUGGGAGUUUUGUGUCGUUUUAGGAAAGGACGGGUGGCCAUCAUGUGUGACGUCGAACGCAUGUUCCACCAAUUUCAUGUUGCUCCACAAGACCAAGAUUACUUUCGUUUGCUAUGGUGGGAAAACGGCAACAUGGAACAUCCAGCAUCUGUGUUUCGCAUGAAAGUCCACUUGUUUGGUGCAGCCUCCUCACCUGGAUGUGCAAACUUUGGGCUCAAGCAUCUAGCCACACAGGGAGCAAGCAAGUUUAGUCAAGCUGUUGUGAAGUUCAUACAACGUAACUUCUAUGUAGAUGAUGGUUUGGCUGCUGUAGACUCAGAGCAAGAAGCGAUUCACCUUGUGAAAGAAGCCAGAGAACUUUGUGACACAGGAAAGUUGCACCUGCACAAGUUCAUCAGUAACAGCAAAGAAGUGAUCGCCACAAUCCCCAAAGAAGAACGUGCAGCAGGAGAUACUGAUCUGGACCUGGCUUUGGGAGAACCAAAGAUGGAACGGGCCUUAGGAGUCCAGUGGUGCGUAACGUCUGACACAUUUAGCUUCAAAGUUGAUGUAAAGAACAAUCCCUUCACUAGAAGAGGAGUGCUCUCCACAGUGGCAUCUAUAUUUGAUCCACUUGGAUUUGUCGCCCCAUUCAUUCUGGUCGGCAAAAGAAUUUUACAAAGGAUGUGUCAAGAAAAGCUGGGUUGGGAUGAGCCGCUCCCUCUAGACCUCAAACCACAAUGGGAAGCCUGGCUCAAAGACCUCAAGAACUUGCCAACCAUAAACAUACCUCGAUGCUACAUCACCUCAACAUUCAAACACGUUCAGCAGUGUGAGCUACACAGUUUUUCUGAUGCCAGUGUAUCCGGUUACGGCGUGUGCUCAUACCUCAGGACUGUAACUAAGACAGGAGAAGUACAAUGCAACUUCAUAAUGGGAAAGGCCAGAGUAGCUCCCACAAAGGUGACAACCAUCCCAAGAUUGGAGCUCACAGCUGCAGUAGUAGCUGUCAGAACUGCGAGUUUCCUAAAAAAGGAGUUGGACAUUCAAGGUUUAAAAGAAUACUACUGGACCGAUUCCAAGGUUGUCCUUGGUUACAUUAACAAUGACGCCAGACGGUUCCAUGUAUUUGUUGCCAACAGAAUACAGAGAAUCAGGUCAACUACAGAACCAAGUCAAUGGCGAUAUGUUGCCUCUGAACAAAACCCUGCUGAUAGGGCAUCUCGAGGAGAAAUGACAAAACAAUUAGCGGAGUCUAAUUGGUUCACAGGACCAAGUUUUUUAUGGCAAAAAGAACUGCCUCAAGAAGAAGUUGAAAUGAAAGAGAUCAACUCAAAAAAUCCGGAAUUCAAGGUCACGCAAGUCUUCACAGUUGAAGCAAGAGAAGAAAAGUCAGUUGUUGACAGACUACAAAGAAUUUCUGACUGGAAAAGAGUUGUGAAAGCAAUAGCAAGAUUGAAGCGACGAGCCAAAUAUGCAACAAACCACAAGGCAAUGUCCAAUGAAAGUAGCACGCUGGAAGAAAGGAAAGAAGCGGAGGAGUUCAUAAUACGCUCUGUGCAGAAGGAAGCAUUUGACGAGGAAAUCAAGUCUUUAAAGCAAAAUAAAGAAGUGGAGGGUUCUCACUUCAAGCUUCAUCAAUUAAGCCCAUUCCUCGACGAGCACAAUGUCUUGAGGGUGGGAGGAAGACUCUCGCAAGCAUCACUCCAUCCACACGUCAAACACCCAGCCAUACUUCCAAAGGGACAUCAUGUGUCACGUCUACUUAUAAAGCACUUCCAUGAAAAGAUUCAUCAUCAGGGAAGGGGUAUGACGGUCAAUGAAAUACGUGCUAAUGGCAUUUGGAUCAUUAGCUGCAGUAGUGAAGUUGCAUCAUUUAUACGCAAGUGUGUCAAGUGCAGAAAAUAUCGACAAAACAGUCAGGAGCAGAAGAUGUCCGACCUGCCAUCAGAAAGAACGGAAGCUAUGUCUCCAUUCACAUACAGCGGAAUGGAUUGCUUUGGACCAUUCUAUGUGAAGGAAGGAAGGAAGGAGAUGAAGAGAUGGAGAAAGGAAUAUUUGUUAAAUCUGCAACAGAGAAGUAAGUGGAACAAGACCAGGAGAAAUGCAAAGGUGGACGACAUCGUUUUGCUACAAGAUGAGUGUGUUCCAAGAAACCAGUGGAAGCUCGCCAGAGUCAUAGAAGUCAUUCCAGGAGCCGACGGCAAGGUCAGAAGGGUUAAACUUCUUCUUGGUGACUCUACUGAAGAUAAAGGAGGAACACGUACCAACAAGACUGUUCUGGAAAGACCAGUCCACAAGACUGUUCUCUUACUUGAAGCAGAGUAGUAUUUGUUAAUGCUUAUUUAUAGUAUUAGCUUCUAUUCAGAAUCACAUACUGUUAGUAUUGUGAUGGUGGGAGUAUAGCAGUUGAUGUCUUAGUAGUUAUU